AUGGUGAAAGAUGGCUUCAGUGGAUUUAGUGAUGACUUGCAUGAUUUUGGUGACAAUGAAAUGAAUUCGUAUGGUAUGGAAGAUGCAGAUGGAGCGGAAGAGCUCCCAGAUAUUGUCAGUCGGGCAGCUGGAGAUGAAGGCUUGGUGGAUUCGUUAGCUACACAACACACCCACCCCGAUGAUUUUAAUCAAAAUCUUACUUAUUGGAGGAGAUGGAAGGUAGGUGAAAUAGCUCAGGCUAUGAUCAGAGGUACUCAGGAAGAAGGGUAUGCUUUAUUGGAAGCGUAUCGCCAUGUUAUGCUGUCCUAUAAUGAAGGAAGUAUUCUUGAUUUGAAGCUUGAUCAUAAAUUGUAUUUUCGAUAUUUUUUCUUAUCUAUUGGAGCUUUCAUUAAAGGAUUCGCGCAUAUGAGAAAGGUUAUUGCCGUUGAUGGGACAUUUCUGAGUGGCAGGUAUGAAGGCUGCUUGUUGUCUGCUGUGGCACAAGAUAUAGAGAAUCAGAUUUUUUCAAUUGCGUUAUGUGUAGUCGAUGAAGAGUGCGAUGAUUCUUGGACCUACGUUUUGAACAGUUGCGGCACAUUGUUGACGACAAUGAUGAAUUCUGCAUUAUCUCUGAUCGACAUCUGUCUAUUGGGAAUGGCUUCAAAAACGUUUUUUCUGCCGCUCAUCAUGUCAUACAUUACUGAGGAGUUCUUUGACCAUUUUCAGCAAUUGCGUGAUAAAAGCAGGGAAGUAGCUAAUUGCCUCACAAAUGAAAUUGGGUUCCAAAAGUGGAGCAGGGUCUUCUUUCCAGGAAACCGAUACGGCGUGUUGACAACAAAUAUUGCAGAAUCGCUUAACGCAAUGCUUAAGGAUCAAAGAGACUUCCCGAUCAUUAGCCUAUUCAAUCUUAUUAUUCAAAAGUUUACAGAAAAAUUCGAGGAGCGGCGUAAUGAAAUAAAAAAUGUUUUGACCCUCUUUGUUCCUUCUGCUAAAAAGAAGAUUAGGAAUAAUAGGGUUGUCGGCGACGCGCUCCGGGUGCAUCAAUUAGAGAACAACCAGAGCGUCGUCGGGCACGAUAGGGAUGCAAUAGUUGAUCUGGAUUUGAACACAUGUUCUUGUUGUCAGUUUGAUUUGGAAAAAAUACCUUGCCCACAUGCAAUGGCAGCUCUGAGAUUGAGCUUUGGGGAUGGAUAUGGUUCCUCCAUUUACAAUCACUCCUCUCCGUUCUAUAAGGUUUCAACAUAUUUGGCUGCAUAUAAGGGAACCAUUCACACAAUCCCUACAGAAGAGAAAUGGGUGGUGCCUGACGAGAUUCAAUCCACAAAAAUACUUCCACCCGAUGUCGAGCCUACAAAGGGUAAAAGAAAAUUUAAGAGGUGA